AUGUCGGCAUCAUCAACACCAAGCAUCGUGGGAGCGAUUGUUGGUUCGCCAGGCCCUAUGGCGGCGCAUGAUAAGCUCUUGCUGGAGGAGCAGGAAGAAUACGACUAUGAAUCGCUUCCACCUAACUUCUCGCUGGCGGCCAACAUGGCUGCCGGCGCCUUCGCUGGCAUUGCAGAACACACGGUGAUGUACCCCAUCGAUCUGCUCAAGACGCGAAUGCAAGUGGUUAGCCCAACUCCCGGCGCGAUAUACAGUGGCAUCGGCAAUGCGAUAUCGACCAUCUCAAGAGCUGAGGGUUACAUGUCGCUAUGGCGAGGAGUGUCCAGCGUGGUAGUCGGAGCAGGUCCUGCGCACGCUGUCUACUUUGCGACGUACGAAAUGGUCAAGCAAGCGAUGGGUGGCAAUGCCGUGGGCCACCAUCCGCUCGCAGCUGCCUCUAGUGGAGCAGCAGCGACCAUCGCCAGCGACGCCUUCAUGAACCCAUUCGACGUGAUCAAGCAGCGAAUGCAACUACACGGGUCGACAUACCGCUCCAUUACCGACUGCGCGCGAACCGUGUUCCGGAACGAAGGACUCCGCGCAUUCUACGUCUCCUACCCUACGACUCUCACCAUGACCGUGCCUUUCACCGCACUUCAAUUCACCGCCUACGAAUCCUUGACGAAGUUUAUGCAGAACCAUCGGAAAUCCGGCUACGACCCACUCACGCAUUGCAUCGCUGGAGGUACCGCUGGUGGUGUCGCAGCAGCAGCGACCACUCCAUUGGAUGUCAUCAAGACACUACUACAGACGAGAGGCUCCUCAACGGAUGCAGAGAUCAGGCAGUGCAGAGGGUUGUGGCCAGCAGCGGGCAUCAUCUGGAGAAGAGAAGGCAUGAACGGGUUCUUCCGCGGCAUGAAGGCACGCAUUAUCACGACGGCACCAAGCACAGCUAUCUGCUGGACGGCAUACGAGUUGGCAAAGGCGUACUUUAUCCGCGUGGAAGGAGAAUCAUGA